AUGUCUGUCUAUGUAAUCACCGGUGUGUCCAGCGGAAUCGGCUAUGAGUUCCUUAAGAGCAUCUCCGAAGACCCGCAGAACCUGGUCGUCGGUCUGGUCCGCAACAAGGCUGCCACUGAAGAGAAGGUGGCAACAGAGCUGGGCAAGCGUUCCAACGUCCACAUCGUCCAUGGAGACCUCACCAACUAUGCCAGCCUGAAGCAAGCCGCUGCCGACACUGCCAAGAUUGUUGGCGAGCGUGGCAUUGACUACCUUGUCGGCAACGCAGGUUUCCCCGCCCAGUUCGACGCUUAUUCACCUAUUGGUGAAUUAGGCGAAGAGCCCGAGGAGCUUGACGAAAUUGCAGACAAACUAUUCAAGACCAAUGUCACCGGUAACAUCCACUUCUUCAACCUUUUCAUGCCUCUUGUCUUGAAGGGCAAGGCCAAGAAGGUCAUCGCCAUCACCAGUGGUCAUGCCGACCUUGACUUCAUCAACAAUUUCGACAUUGAGAAUUCUGCCUUAUACUCUGCCUCCAAGGCGGCCUUGAACAUCAUUGUGGCCAAGUUCAGCGCACAAUACAAGAAAGACGGUGUGCUCGUCUUCAGCUUGAGCCCAGGAGUGGUGGAAGUGGGCCACUUUGGCGACCUGAGUCCAAAACAGAUGGAGGGGUUGAUGAAAUUCGUGGGCAGGGCUAAAGCCUAUGCGCCUCACUUCAAGGGUCCAGUCCCCGUAGAAGGAGCCGUCCAGACUAUCAGGUCGCUCUGGGAGAGGGCCAGCAUCGAGACUGGGUAUGCCGGUGCAUUCGUCUCGCAUUUCGGAAAUAGGCAGUGGGUGUAA